AUUAUGAUGUAUGCUACUACCUUACCUAACCUAACCUAAUGCAAAUUACAAUCAUUGCAAACCGUUUUUCGGAUUUUUCUAGAAAAAGAUCGCAUGUAGUGUUUCGACAUUGUUGCACAUUAUAUUGAAAAUUGUCAUUCAUUUGUUCAAGAAUCAUGGAGAAAUGGAUGCGAGAGAAAUUGUCCGAAUUAUUGAAUUUUCUGGUCCCGAAUGAUUUAACCACGUAUAUUUUACAGGUGGAAAAUGAAAAAGAUUUAGAUGAAUACCUUAGAUCUCUUUUGGAUAAUGAAAAUCCAAGUCACAGACAAUUUGUGACAGAAUUGAAAAAGAGACGCGCCUCUUAUAAUAAUGAAACUAGAUACAAGAAGACAAAUGACGACGAUAAUAUAUCCAAGAAACAAAGCGAUAAGAAAAAGGGGAAAGCAAAAGGGAAAAAAAAUGUUCAAGUCCAAGAAGUUGUAAAGCCUGAGAUAAAAUCUGAAAAGAUAGAAAAGAAGAAGACUAAAUUUGUCAGUUUAUUGUCUCAUGGAAAUGUUCUGUUGAAAGGAAGACAUAAAUGUGACUGUGAAGCAAACAGACAUGCAUUGAUUAACAAUUGUCUUAAUUGUGGAAGAAUAGUCUGUGUACAAGAAGGCUCAGGACCAUGUUUCUUUUGUGGAGAACUUGUUUGUUCUCCAGAUGAACAGAUAUUACUUCGAAGCAAUACUAAACAGGCUGAUAAUUUGUAUAAUAAAUUGAUGGAUCAAAAACCAAAUAAAGAUCUUGAAGAUUCUCUUAAACAAAGGGACAAACUUCUUGAAUUUGAUCGCAAUAGUUCUCGUCGCACUAAAGUGAUCGAUGACGAGUCAGACUAUUAUCAGUCAAAUAGCAUUUGGCUUUCUCACGAUGAGCGCAAAAAGCUACAGAAGCAAGAAGAUGAAGCAUUAGCACGCAAGCAUGCGUCGCGUUUAGACAGAAAAGUCGUUAUAGAUUUUAUGGGAAGAGUGGUAGUUGAUGAAGAUCAAUUCAUUAACUUGCAAUCGGAAGAUCUUGAUGAAACAAUAUCAUAUGACGACUUUGAAAAUCCGAACAUUUGUCCAACGAUAGAAUUUGAUCGUCCAACAUUUGUUGAGAUGGGAAUAUUUGAAACAAGUAAAAAAGUAGAAAAUCACACAUGGAAAGAAAAUAUAGAAAGCAGAAUACAGGAUAAAGAGUAUUUAGAAAUGUUUGACCAAGGCCUGUGUUUGAGCAUGCAUCAACCUUAUGCAUCCUUGCUAGUAGCAGGAAUAAAGAUUCACGAGGGUAGAAGUUGGUAUUCUUCACAUAGGGGAAGAUUAUGGAUUGCAUCGGCUGCUAAAGUACCUUCCUCUGAAGAAAUAUCUAAUAUAGAGCAAGCCUAUCGCAUAUUAAAAAAUGAAAAAAUUAAGUUCCCCGAAACCUAUCCUACGAGCUGCCUGUUAGGCUGUGUAACAGUGACCGAUGUUUUACCUCAAAAAGAAUAUAGAAAUUUAUAUCCAGAAGGAGAAAACGAUAAUCCGUAUGUCUUCAUAUGUGAGAACUCUUACAUGUUACCAAUACAAUUUCCUAUGAAAGGAAAACAUAAAAUUUAUAAAAUGGAUAAAAAAAUUCAUCAAGCUGCUUCUAAAUUGUUAGAAAAAGCCAUGAAAACGGCUAGUAAUUAA